UCUGUAGUCGUGUGUGGUCUAACAGCCUCUGAGAGUCGUGAUUACGCAGGCAUAGUCUGCUGAUUAGAUUCCUUGUUGCUUUGACAUGCGGCUUUCAGUAUGCAUGUUUAGGGUAAAACUGUCAACACUCCCUAUACCCUGUUCUACCAUCACACAAAGUGUGUGUGUUUACAUGGGUCUAAUAGAUUUAUCUUUUGUUAAGCAUGCAAGUUCUCUUCGUGUUUGUUUUCACUGGCUUAUAUAGUGUGUUACUGGUAUUGCUCCCUGGUCUGAGCCCCAAGUGAGGUAUUUAGCUUUUCAAUCUGAACACGGCGUGUACAAAUGAGUCUUUUAUUUUACUCCGCUACUAAACAUCAUGAAGGCGCUGGUUUCACCCGAUGGGAAGGAAUCUUUAGAUCCGUGCACCAUUCGGAACCGGAAGUUAUAUUGUUUGGGCUGCUUGGAGAAAAAGACGCGAGAAAACAGAAGGAAUAGAAGACAGAGAAAGAGAAAGAGAAAGAGAGCGGUGAAAGCCAAAUAACAAAGAUGGAGUCUGGUUACAUUAAACAGGAGGUGGUUCUGGAAUUGGUACCUGUCUGCAUUAAACAGGAGAUGCUUGAACUGGAGCCCGUCCACAUGAAAGAAGAGGAGACUGAACUGGAGCCUGUCCACAUUAAAGAAGAGGAGACUGAACUGGAGCAUGUCCACAUUAAAGAAGAGGAGCCUGAACUGGAGCCUGUCCACAUUAAAGAGGAAGAGACUGAACUGGAGCCUGUCCACAUUAAAGAAGAAGAGACUGAACCAAAGUCUGUCCACAUUAAAGAAGAAGAGACUGAACCGGAGCCUGUCCACAUUAAAGAAGAAGAGACUGAACCGGAGCCUGUCCACAUUAAAGAAGAGACUGAACUGGAGCCUGUCCACCUUAAAGAUAAUUCUAUUGACUUGUUGUUUAAGGAUCCAGAAAACAUAUCCUGGCCAAAGAUAUCACAUCAAUGUACUGAAUGUGGGGCGAGCUUCAGUCGGUUAGGACGCCUAAAAAGACACCAGCGAAUUCACAGUGGAGAGAAGCCAUAUCACUGUACUGAAUGUGGAAAAAGUUUCAUUGACACAGGAAGCCUAAAAUCGCACCAGCAAAUUCACACUGGAGAGAAGUUGUAUCGCUGUAACGAAUGUGGGGAAAGCUUCGGUCACUUAGGAAGCUUAAAAAGACACCACCGAAUUCACACUGGAGAGAAGCCGUAUCACUGUACCGAAUGUGGGGAAAGCUUCAGUCACUUAGGAAGCCUAAAAAGACACCACCGAAUUCACACUGGAGAGAAGCUGUAUCGCUGUACUGAAUGUGGGAAUAGCUUCAGUCACUUAGGAAGUCUAAGAAGACACCAACGAAUUCACACUGGAGAGAAGCCGUAUCGCUGUACCGAAUGUGGGGAAAGCUUCAUUGAGACAGGAAGCCUAAAAACACACCAGCGAAUUCACACUGGAGAGAAGCCGUAUCACUGUUUUGAAUGUGGGGAGAGCUUCAGCCUGUUAGGACACCUAAAAACACACCAGCGGAUUCACACUGGAGAGAAGCCAUAUCACUGUACUGAAUGUGGGCAGAGAUUCAGUCAGUUAGGAAGCCUAAAGAGACACCACCGAAUUCACACUGGAGAGAAGCCAUAUCACUGUACUGAAUGUUGGAAGAGCUUCAGCCAAUCAAACUCCCUAAAAAGACACCAGAAAAUGCACAUUGGAGCCAACCUCCCUCCCUCGCAUUCUGUCGCGUCUCCACCCUGCUUGCUUGAGUGUGUGGAUAGCUGACUGAUUACUUCUCUUUCCUCUCUCUCAGCCUGAAUCCAGAGACACUGAGAAGGGGAGCAUGUCAAACUGAAGGAGACGGACCCAUUCUUUCAGAAUGAACUGGAGAGCCCUGGGAUUCAGCUCCACUCCUGCCCCUGAAUUGGAAAUGAAUCUCACUCAUCAUGCUGUGAAGAUUUAGGACAGAGUUACAGGGUCAUUCUACUUAGAAGGGACACACUGGGAAUAUAUGCCCAACUUUUUCUCUGUACACUUAUAUGUGUGAUACGAACCCAACACAUUAACACUAGAACCGCCAAAAUCUCUGACUACUUGCAUUGAACAUUUAAGUGAAUAGAAAUUCUGAAUUUCCUUAUUCUAAAAGUGAAUUGAAAAACAAACCAUUCCGAGGGUAUAGUAUUAACUUGUUUAACAAUGUCAGGGUUUUAGAUUUACCAAGUACAGCUUUCUGAUAAAUUGGUUUUAGAAUCAUUAAUUACUAAUCUUGCGGUUGCAAGUUUGAGUUGUUUAGGAUCAGCGUGCCCUCUAAGCUUUUUAGAUUCUGAGAAACUUGUUUUGACUGAGAGGGUAAAUUAUCAGUGAGAAACCUUCGGCCACGCAUUAACCCUUUUAAUAUAUUUUUGUUGCGUUAUACAAUUUUGAAACAAUAUUCCAACACAAGCAUCUCAGCAAUUUUACAAUUUACUUUAAAUUUAAACAAGACAUUUAUUGUGGCUCUGCCUCUGAUUUUGAAUCCUCCUCUGAUCCUAUGGUUGUUAUCAUAGUUAUAGACUGCAUGCUUCACUGGUGGCCUGCAUAAAACUGCUUUAUACUACUGUAUAAAACACGGGGGUCUGCACUGCCAUCAAUUGGAACCAUCUUUAGGGCUACUAAUUAUUCCAUUCUUGGGAAUACCAAAUUCUGUUUUUCAAAAAUGGCCAAUUCCUUUUGCUCCCACUUUUUAUCAACAUAUUAAUAAUUAAAUAUGGCAUCUGAACAUAAAUAUAAUGUUGGUAGUUAAAAUAAAGUAAAUGUAAUAAAUAAAGCUGACACCCUGGGAUCCUUCAAGAAGCUGUUUGAUGAGAUUCUGGGAUCAAUAAGCUACUAACAACCAAACAAGCAAGAUGGGCUGAAUGGCCUCCUCUCGU